AUGGCUCCCAACGGCGACGCCUUUGUCAUGAACCCCUCUGCCCCGGAGCCACCCACGCGUUACACCCAUGCUCGCCUCGCCCCUGCCGCUCCCCACCGUACCAUCUACAUAUCGGGCAUCGCCUGCGUGCACCCUGCUACGGGCGAGUGGCCGGGCGUGAAAGACAACGGUGACGGCACGUACGCCCUUGAUGUGCGGGCACAGACAUCAGCGGUGCUGUCCAAUAUCGACCUUAUCAUCCGCGAGGCAACGGGCGGCAAGGGCGGCGUCAAGAACUUGAUUGAUAGUGUUGUCUACGUGGUCGACAUGAAGCGGGACUACCAAGGCAUGAAUGAGGAGUGGAACAAGGUAUUCGCAACGAGGGCCGAGGCACCCGCCAGAGCGACAAUUGGAGUUAAGGAGCUGCCAGAUCCGAGGAUGUUGGUCGAGAUUAAAGGUGGUGCUGUUGUUGAGAUGUGA